AUGCUUAGAUAAUUUUGUUUGAGAUUUAGGUUUUGCUAAGUAAUAAAUAAGGAGAAUAUUUAAAUAUAUAAUGCCAUCUCAUAAAAAAUUGAAUAGUAACCAUUUAAAGCAUCAAUUGUUGAUAUUUGGAAAUUAUCAUCAAUUAACCUUAUGGAUAAUUAACUUUGGGAAAAGACAGAAAUUUAAUUUUCAAAGUGGUUGAAUCAUAUUGAUAAUGAAGAUUUAACAAAAAUGGGAUUUCUUAUAUCUAAACAUCAUCAAUUUUUAUCAUUAAAGGCAAAAUUGCAAUUUGAAAACAGAAUAAGAAAAUUAUCAAAAACUUUGACAGAUAAACAAAUAUCUUCACUUAUAGAAAAGAUAUUCCCAUUAGCAACAGAAAAUACUAAGACUUUAUUGAUUUAAUUGUUUUUAAAUUAGUAAAAUAUGGAUAAUUUAAAUCAAAUGAAGUCUCUAUUAAUUAUAUUAGAAAAUAGUAAAGUUUUACUUCAACCUAUAAUUGAAAGAUUGAAAUCAAUUUCAUCAAUUACAGAAUUCAACAAUUAUGAUGAAAUCAUUAUUUAUUUAUAAUUAUUUUACAGUAAUCUAAUUCAUAAUUGGAUUGCUUUAAUUUCACAUAGAGAAGAAACUAAAACAAAAUUUAAUGAAAUAAUAUAUGGAAAUAAAAGUAAUAUAUCAUAAUCCAAAAUUGAUCCUUAAUUAAAUUACUUAAACUUAGAUGACAUUUACAAAGAAAUCAAUAAAUAAUCAAUUGAAGAUACUUUGGAAUUUAAAAGAUUUUUAGCAUUUAUUUAAUUUAUUAGAGCCUGUAAAUAUAAGAAUGUUUCAGUAAAAAAUAAGGUUGAUAUUUCCCAGUUAUAUUAAAGAAUUAUUCUUAAACUUACACCUCUUGAGAUUAUUUAAGUAAACUAUGAUCUUGUAAUAUUUUAGAUGAUAAGCGAAUUAGAUAAAAUUAUACCUAUUGAUAUUUAGAUUAAUUCCUUAAAAUAAUAUGUCAAAACCAAUGAACUACAAAUGAAUAAUAAUUAUUAUAUAAUGUUUUAAACUGCUAAUCUUAAAUAUUUAUAAAGUUACCAUUCAUUUUAACAUUAGGUCAAGAACUAAGUGAAAUUUUUAUUUCCAAUAUAAAAUACACUAUUGAAAGUUUCAAUAUAAAUACUCUUUCAGAACUAUACUCCUUAUUAUUGAAAACUGAGAGUACUUUUAAAGAGUUACAAUCCAUGAUUUUAGAAAUGAGACAAAAAACUAAAGAUAUUACCAUAAAAACAAUUUAAAUUAAUAAUAGUAUUAAAAUUAAUUGUGCUUUAUAAAUAACAAAAUUAUAUAAUCUUUAGAAUGAAACUUUAUAAGUAAUAAGAUAUUAUAUAAUUAGAUUCUUUGGGAGAAAGUUACAAUUGAAGAUCUUCCAUAGGUUUAAUAAAUUUUAGUAGUGUUGAGAUAAUAUGUCAGUCAUAAUAAAUUAACUGAGGAUCAAAUGAAUCUUAUUUAAAGGAUCUUGAGAAAUAAGUUCUAAAUUACAUAAAAAUGA